AUGGCUGGUCCCCUGUGGCGGGCCGCAGCGUUUAUACAGAGACACAGGACAGGCCUUUUGGUCUCUUCCUGCACAGGGCUGUUCGGGGCCCAGGUCUCAUACCACCUCUUCCCAGAUCCCGUGGUCCAGUGGCUGUACCAGUACUGGCCUCAGGGCCAGCCAGCCCCCCUCUCUCUGGAGCUACAGAGCCUCUUCCAAGAGGUGCUACAGGACAUGGGCGUCCCCUCAGGCCGUCACUACAAGGCUUUCACCACCUUCACCUUCCAGCCUGUGAGCGCCGGCUUCCCACGGCUCCCAGCUGGGGCCGUGGUGGGCAUCCCCGCCAUCUUCCUGGGUGGCACAGUGACCGACACUGACCAGUCCGUGGUGGUCCAUGGGCAAAGAGUGGAGUGGCAGAGCCCAGCAGGUGCCCGGCUGAGAGACGCCCUGACCCUGUCCCGUGACGCCCAUAAGUUUGCCUUGGCCAGGGAGGUGGUCUACCUAGAGAGCAGCGCAGCCGCCCUGCAGGCCCUGCCGGCCCCAGCUUGCCUGGCGGGGACCUGGGUGCUGGGUGUGGGUGCCAAGCAGGCACUGGGGCUCUACGGAGGCCCCAUGAACCUACGGGCUGCCUUCAACUUGGUGGCAGCGGUGGCUGGCUUUGUGGCCUACGCCUUCUCCACGGACUCACUCACUCAUGCCCUGGAAGCCUGGCUGGACCACCGUACAGCCUCCCUGUCUGUGGCCUAUGCCCGAGGGGGAGUGGAGUUCUAUGAGAAGGUUCUGUCAGGCAACCUGGCCCUGCGCAGUCUCCUGGGCAGACGUGGGGAGAAGCUGUAUACGCCCAGUGGGAACGUUGUCCCCAGACACUGGUUCCGCAUCAAACAUUUACCCUACACGGCCCGCCGGGACUCCGUGCUGCAGAUGUGGAGGCUGGCGCUCAACCCAGGCCAGUCCUGAGGGGUCAGCACAGCGACAGUUCAGUCCUGCAGGCCACCCUGCCAGUGACUCUGGGCACCUCUCAGUGCCUCAGCACCCACAGCCCUAUGUCAGGAGCAUCAUAGGCUUUGGAGUUAAAAUACCCUGGGGCCCGUGCUAGCCCACCACUUGUGGACUCUAACCUUGGGCGUAUCUCUGUGAACCUGAGCUUUGAUUUCCUCAGCUGUAAAACUGGGAUGAUGAAAACUGCUGGGAUUGUAGCUGCAUGAAAACAUGAACUUAAAGAUCGGGAACGCCGGCAGAGUCAGCAUUCCGUAAGCGGGGGGCCCUUCUUCUCGGUCUUUGAAUACCGGUGGCCUGAGGAGCCUGGCUGCAUCUUCACCACCAGGAUGGAUGUGAACACCUUCUUAGAACUGACUCAUAAUCUGCCAAAUCCGGUUUGUCUCUGCUAUGUAGAGAUUAAAAGGUUUAAGAGGCUAAGGUGAGAGGUUAGUAUGGGCCUAAGAGCUGGGAAAGAUGGCUUUCAGGUGGGCCUUUAAGGGUAGGGUAGCAGGGCCCUGUGGACAUAGGUGGCAUGCUCAGAGAGCUGUGGGCAGCUAACGGGUGCUGGGGUGCCAGGAAAGGCAGUAGCACCCCUGGGCGAGGGAGGGAAGGUGUUCUGGAACCCGGUGAGAUCUGUAGUAUGGGGGUCCUGGCUGGAGCUCUGGCCGAAGGUGGAGGAACAAGCCAUUGCCAGAUCCAAGCCCCUGCAGGGAGGGAGCCCAGGACAGGGAGCUCGGUGAUGCAGCCAGAGCAGUCAGCCUCCUGGGGCCCAGAGCCUGGUCAGGGCUUGGAGAAGAGGGUGAGCUUGGUUCAUAG